AUGGCAGAUUUAGCGAAACCGAGAAAGAUACGAGGAGGUCAUCGUGGUUAUUUAACGAAGAUACUCGCUCAAGUUACAGGGAUGUUAGAGAACUUCAACGAGGAACUUCGAAUUGAAGCUUCUCAGCUUAGGGAAGGUAUAGUUGACGCUGUAACAAUCAUACACAGACUCGAUGAUGAAAUUGUUGAGCUAAUUGCGAGCGACAAGGAUUUGACCGAAGAGGAUAUUAUGAAAGAGAUCGAGGAUGCAGGAAAAUUGAGAGCGGACGCUAGAAAGAUUGUGAAAAAGCUUGACGAGAAAUUGUGUGAGAAUAAUGUUACCUCCGUUGUGGAAUCAAGUGCUGGGUCAACGUCGAAUGAGUCGGCAACGACUGCGAGUAAAGUUCGAGCCAAGUUCCGAUAUUGGAAGUUAAAAGAUUUAAAGAGAACGUGUGCAAAUGGCAAGAGUUUUGGGACUCGUUCGAGAGUUCAGUAA